GCCGAAUUUUUGUCCUGAGAAAGCAAAGCUCAGGGAGAAGAUGACAGCGCUUCGGCUGCCAGUAGCAUGGAGGUGACAGACCGCAUUGCCUCCCUGGAACAGCGUGUCCAGAUGCAAGAGGAUGACAUCCAGCUGCUCAAAUCGGCGCUGGCGGACGUGGUUCGGCGGCUGAACAUCACGGAGGAGCAGCAGGCUGUGCUGAACAGGAAAGGACCUACCAAAGCAAGACCACUGGUGCAGACCCUGCCUUUAAGGACCACUGUUAACAACGGCACUGUGUUACCAAAGAAACCUAGUGGCUCUCUACCGUCCCCCUCAGGGGCCAGGAAAGAAACAGCUGUGCCCGCCGCAACCAAAAGUACCAUCAAGAGGACCAGCUCCUCCGAGCGAGUGUCUCCUGGCGGCCGAAGGGAAAGCUAUGGGGAUUCCAAAGGAAACCGAAACCGCACGGGGUCCACAAGUAGUUCUUCCAGUGGCAAGAAGAACAGUGAGAGCAAACCCAAGGAGCCUGUCUUCAGCGCAGAAGAAGGAUACGUAAAAAUGUUUCUUCGUGGACGCCCUGUUACCAUGUACAUGCCCAAAGAUCAAGUGGACUCUUACAAUUUGGAAGCAAAAGUGGAACUACCAACCAAGAGACUGAAGCUGGAGUGGGUCUAUGGGUACCGGGGCCGCGACUGUCGGAACAACCUGUACCUGCUUCCGACGGGGGAGACGGUGUACUUCAUCGCCUCCGUGGUGGUGCUGUACAACGUGGAGGAGCAGCUCCAGAGGCAUUACACCGGCCACAAUGACGACGUGAAGUGCCUAGCAGUUCACCCUGACAGGAUCACAAUAGCAACGGGACAAGUCGCAGGCACAUCUAAGGAUGGAAAACAGUUGCCCCCACACGUGCGCAUCUGGGACUCCGUGACACUGAAUACACUGCACGUCAUUGGGGUCGGGUUUUUUGACCGAGCCAUCACCUGUAUCGCCUUCUCAAAAUCUAAUGGAGGAAGCAACUUGUGUGCCGUGGACGACUCCAACGACCAUGUGCUGUCCGUGUGGGACUGGCAGAAGGAAGAGCGGCUGGCCGACGUGAAGUGUUCCAACGAAGCCGUGUUUGCUGCGGAUUUCCACCCCACGGACACUAACAUAAUAGUUACCUGUGGAAAAUCACAUCUCUACUUUUGGACGUUAGAAGGAAACUCCCUUAUUAAGAAGCAAGGAUUAUUCGAGAAGCAAGAAAAGCCAAAGUUUGUCCUCUGCGUGACUUUUUCUGAAAACGGUGACACCAUUACCGGAGAUUCAAGCGGCAACAUCUUGGUGUGGGGAAAAGGUACAAAUCGGAUAAGCUACGCUGUUCAAGGGGCCCACGAGGGUGGCAUUUUUGCACUUUGUAUGUUAAGGGAUGGUACGCUGGUGUCGGGAGGAGGGAAGGACCGCAAGCUCAUUUCUUGGAAUGGAAACUAUCAGAAACUUCAUAAAACUGAGAUUCCAGAACAGUUUGGCCCAAUCCGGACAGUGGCCGAGGGGAAGGGCAACAUGAUCUUGAUUGGCACAACUCGAAACUUCGUUCUGCAGGGCACUCAGUCAGGGGACUUCACACCCAUCACUCAGGGUCACACUGAUGAGCUCUGGGGACUGGCCAUCCACGCCUCAAAACCUCAGUUCUUGACCUGUGGGCAUGACAGGCACGCCACUCUCUGGGACGCUGUUGGUCACCGGCCCAUCUGGGACAAAAUAAUAGAGGAUCCAGCUCAGUCUUCUGGUUUUCAUCCUUCAGGGUCUGUGGUUGCAGUUGGAACACUGACUGGGAGGUGGUUUGUGUUUGACACGGAAACAAAAGACUUGGUCACCGUUCACACAGAUGGAAACGAACAGCUGUCCGUCAUGCGUUACUCACCGGACGGGACCUUCUUAGCCAUCGGCUCCCAUGACAACUGCAUCUACAUCUAUGGAGUCAGCGACAACGGGAGGAAGUACACGCGUGUCGGCAAGUGCUCGGGUCAUUCCAGCUUCAUUACUCACCUGGACUGGUCUGUGAACUCCCAAUUCCUCGUGUCAAAUUCUGGAGACUAUGAAAUCCUUUACUGGGUUCCCUCUGCUUGUAAGCAAGUCGUAAGUGUGGAAACUACGAGAGACAUCGAAUGGGCUACGUACACCUGCACUUUGGGGUUCCAUGUCUUUGGAGUGUGGCCGGAAGGCUCGGACGGAACCGACAUCAAUGCCGUGUGUCGGGCCCAUGAGAGAAAGCUGCUGUCCACCGGCGACGACUUCGGCAAAGUGCACCUGUUCUCGUACCCUUGCUCACAGUUCAGGGCUCCGAGCCACGUAUACAGUGGGCACAGCAGCCACGUCACCAACGUCGAUUUCCUCUGUGGCGAUAGCCACCUCAUCUCCACGGGCGGCAAGGACACGAGCAUCAUGCAGUGGCGGGUCAUUUAGUCCCAGCAGGAAGCGUGGGGAGCAGAACAGGGGCAGGCACAGACUCGUGCUAGGCUCCACCACUGUGAUUUCUGUUCUGUUUGAGAAGUUCUGACAAACCUCAGGAAAACCACUCCCUCUACCAGUUACCUUAGCUUAGCGAAUCAGUGAGCGUCACACCGGAGCAGUGGUUCACGGUUCUCCUUUGUUGUACAGUAUAUAAAACAGUGCACAUUUCAUAUUAAAAAAAAUAUGCCAGGGUUUACAUUAUGGUGACAUCAACAGAAGUGACUGGUAUAUCCUUCGUAACUUUUCUACGAACCCUUCAAAAAUGGUCACAGAAUGCCUUUUAAAAUAUUGUACAUAGGCUUUACUAUUUCCCCAUCUAGCUCGCUAAGUCAAAUAUUUAUGAUGAUAAUGAGGUACUGAAUUGUGAUCGCUAUUGAUUAAUUGGUCCUAAAAGGAUAAGUCGAUGGAGAAGAGCGUGGAGGACUGAUUUGCACAGGUGAAUCAGGAAAUGCAAAUGUGACUUUAUUUGGUUUCAUUCUCUAAGGGUUCAUUCAGUCCUCCUGGAGGGAGGCUGACAAGAAAGGGGUUGUAUUCUUCUUGUGUUAAGCAGACUGUACUCCAGAUUAAUUUAAACAUUUCAGCAGGGUACGCAGGCACCGUGGAGUUUCAGUGAUACUGUCUGCCUAACCCAGCGCAGGCAGCCGCUUCACUCCCUUCUGUCCCGCGCUCACGUGCCCGGAAGAGUGGUGGAGACAUCUAGCCACCUUCUUCUGUAUAUGAGUUGGCAUGAUCUGGUAUUGUAUAGGAUUGUAGAAAUUCAUCAUAAAGACGUAAGGCUAGGCUUUACUAUUUUAUGCUUAUGGACAUUGUAUAUUUGUAUUUUAAGACCAAGUAGACCAAGUUGAAAUGGUAUCUCUUAAGUGUACAAUAAACCUGUGGCGGGGAGAAGUCUGGGAGGCUCCACCGGGUACUAAGGGCAGCUUCUUUUCCUGUCUUUUGUGCAUGGAUGGCUCACUACACCACAAAAUAAGAUUGCGUUCUGAUGAGUAAAACGGAGGUGGCAUACAUUUGUCAAGAAGGCCUUAUCCAUUUUGAUUGUGUGACAGAUUGAAAUUUAUUGUUUACAUUGGGGAAUGCAUCUCAGAUUUUAAAAUAGAAGAGUAAUAAACAGACUUAAAAACAAA